AUGACUUCCAUUUUACCAACAACAAGCACAGCUAAUAAUCGAUUCAAUUCUUCCAAUCCAUCAUUUCGAUAUUAUGCUUCUCCCCAGGAACCAAUUCGACAUGGCAAAAAAUCUACAAGAAUUUUGCGUCGUCUAUUUCGAUUCCCACAUAUGGACUUUGAGUUUGCAUUAUGGCAAAUGUGUUAUUUGUUGAUAUCACCAAAACGAGUAUAUCGAAAUAUCUAUCUCCACAAACAAACAAAAAACCGAUGGUCCAGAGACGAUCCAGCUUUUAUAAUAUUAACGAUGAUUUUUCUAUCACGUUUGCUGUGGGGAUAUACGUACGGCCUUAAUACAUACGGCACUGUAAGACUCAUUUUAUCGAUGGUAUUCAUUGAUUUCCUAUUGGUUGGAUGCAUUAUAUCCACAUUAACCUGGUACAUCACAAGUAACUUCCUCGCAGAAACAAUUAAUGCGUAUGCAAUAGCACAAAAAGUUGAAUGGACAUAUGCCUUUGAUAUACACUGCAACUCAUUUGUGCCGGUUUACAUUAUACUGUACAUCGUUCAAGUGUUUUUCUUGCCAUUGAUACUAAAGGAUAAUUGGGUAUCUAUGUGCAUUGGCAACUUUAUGUAUUGCGCGUCUUUGAUCUGGUAUUUGAUAAGCACAUUUUUAGGCUUCCAUGCUCUUCCGUUUUUGGUACAUACUGAACUCUUUCUUUAUCCAGUCGCUCUUUGUAUAGCGUUGUUUGUUGCAUCUUUGUUCGGUUUCAAUAUUCCUCAGUGCUUUCUUGGAUUUUACUUCCCAUCUUAG